AUGGCUAAGUCAGUGGUGGAGCAGCUUUGUACAGGAGCGUUGAGAGCUCAUCGAAGCUCGUCCCUACAUCGCGCCACUUCCCAGCAGCGAUGGCUGUCUCAGACAGCAGCAAGCCGAGCUACACCUCUCCCUAUCACUGCAACAGGACCGCCCCCUAGUCCUCCUCAGCCAGCACCCUCGCAUUAUGGCACAAAGGUCGAUCAGAUGCGCAGGAAAGCAGCUGUCAUGCAAGAAGCCAAGGAUAUACGAGCUCAGCAGCAAGGGAAAGCCAACUCGCCACUAAGGAAGCGCUUCUGGAAAGAUGUACACGUGAAAGAGGCAGAGAACGGCUAUCAUAUUCAUCUCGAUACCCGACCAGUACGAACCCCAACGAAGCAGAUCCUCGUGGUCCCAAAAUCGAAGCCACACCUCGCACAUGCGAUCGCGAUAGAGUGGGAUAUCUUGACUAGUGCUCAGCAAGCACUAAAAGGACACAACAUCCCCAUCACAAGCAUUGUCAGCCGAGCGCAGGAUCUAGCAGAAGCAGAAACAAGAGGGGACAUGCAAAUACGGCAAGAAAUAUUACGGACCAUGAUGCGCUAUCUCGAUACUGACACCCUUCUUUGUUGGGCACCAUCCACCUCGCAGUCAGCGCUCGAUAUGCAAAAAGAUCCUGAAGAUACUGAAACAAGCCGCUCUCUUCGUGACAUUCAGAAAGAAACAUCAGAGCAGAUCAUCUCAUAUCUAAACACGACUGUCUGGCCAGGAGUCGAUAUCAAGCCUGUCCUAGAAGAGGGCAGUAUCAUGCCUACCCCACAAUCUGAGGUGACAAAGAGCAUCAUCAGUGGCUGGAUCAGCGGUCUCCCUGCUUUCGAGCUAGCAGGUCUAGAAAGAGCAGUCCUUGCUACAAAAAGUCUACUCGUUGGCACGCGUCUAUUGAUUGAGUGGAGCGAGGAGUUCAGGGAUGUGCAGAGACAGACGCAGACACGCUUUGGAGUUGAAGAGGCUGCUUUAGCCAGUACUAUUGAGGUCAGGUGGCAGACAGGAGUGUGGGGAGAGGUCGAAGAUACCCACGACGUGGAAAAUGAAGAUCUGAGGAGGCAGCUGGGGAGUGCUUUCUUGGUUGUUAGCGGGCUCAGAUAG